UCUAAAUUUCUAAUUUGAUCUUCUCUCUCUAUCUAUCUAUCUGCAUGGCCACUCCGGAAUCCAAAUUUCAAAAUUAGGGCUGGAAAACCACUUUUUCGGAGAUGUAAUUUUAAGGGCUUUUUGAGGGGUUUGUUAUCUUGCCGGAAUUUGAGUUAAUUGAAGCGUGACCUGUUAUUUGUUAACUGUAGAAUUGGUGUUAGGGUUUUGUUGGGCAUGAAGGGUUCGAUAGAUCGAACGAAAGUGGUGCUGCGGCACUUGCCGCCAACAAUUUCUCAGUCAAACCUCGUCGAGCAUGUUGAUUCUCGCUUCUCCGGCCGCUACGGUUGGCUUGCUUUUCGACCUGGCAAAUCAAGCCCAAGGCAACCUAUAUAUUCUAGAGCUUACAUUGACUUUAAUACACCAGAAGAUGUUAUCGAGUUUGCUGAGUUUUUCAAUGGCCAUAUUUUUGUCAACGAGAAAGGAACUCAGUUUAAAGCAAUUGUUGAGUAUGCUCCUUCACAACGUGUUCCAAAGCAGUGGUCAAAGAAGGAUGGACGCGAUGGCACUCUAUUGAAAGAUCCUGAAUAUUUGGAGUUCCUUGAAUUUAUUGCAAAGCCCGUUGUGAAUCUUCCUAGUGCCGAGAUACAAUUGGAGCGAAAGGAAGCAGAACGAGCAGGUGCUCCAAAGAAUGUUCCCGUUGUUACUCCUUUAAUGGACUAUAUUCGUCAGAAAAGAGCUGCAAAGGGUGGAGCUCGGCAGAGAACUGUUUUGAAUGGGAAGCCAGCUAGAAGAGUCGGUGGGACGCCAUCCAGGAAUCUAGUCUCAGGUUCUUCAAGAAGAGGCUCUGAGAAGAGGAGGACUAACACUACUAUGUAUGUUUUGAGGGACAAUUCCAAGAUUGUAACCAGCAAAGAAAAUUCAGCUUAUUCACUGAUUUCUAAACAAGACGAUCAACAGCUCGUCGACAAGUCUUUCAAUUCAACAGCUGUGUCAGGAAAUGAAGCACUGGAAGGGGAGAGAGGAGGCUCAGGAUCCAUUGGAACUGGGAAGAAAGUCCUGCUUCUGAAAGGGAAAGAAAAGGAAAUAUUCAAUGCCUCUGGCAGUUCGUUACUGCAUCAAAAUGCAGAAACUCCUUCUAAAACUUCACACAUUUCUGCGUCUUCCAAACAAAAUCCGAGGCGUGACGCUAGUGGAAGGAUCAUACGUAGCAUUCUUCUUAACAGGGAUACUAGCCAAGGUCAACCGUUAACGGGGACUCAGUCAGAACUGCGAGUCCAGAAUCCGCUUCAGGACAAGGACAAAAGACCUCCUCGUCCCCCGAGCAUGCAGUUGUUGCAGAAGGAUACAAAUGGGGCCUCCGAGGGUAAGAUAGUCCACAAUGAUUUGUAUGCUGUGCCUACGGAGAAGCAGGAAAGACGAACAAAGAAUAAGGAUAGGCCCGAUCGCGGUGUAUGGGCUCCUCUUCGACGUUCAGAUGGAUCACAUGCAAGCGAUGACUCGUUAUCAUCUUCUGGUUCCCAAACAUCUCAAGUAGUGGAUCCUGCAGAAGGAACUCGUGUAGAAAGGAAACAUGACAUGCCGGUUGCCCGUGGUGGUGAUUAUAGGUCUACUGGAAGUGGUCGUGGUAACAAUUACUCUGCUGACAAUGGUUCUUAUAGGGGUAGGCGCGGCUCAGCUUAUAUUGUGAAAGAUGCUGAUGGAUAUUCUACUGUAGAGGGGAAACCUUUGAAGAAAGUAGGUGCUUCUGUGUAUGGUCCGAACGAGAAACGAGUGUGGGUCCAAAAGUCCGGUUCCGGUUCAUAGUUUUGUUGCAUAUCGGCUAUAAGGUGACAUUGCAGCUGUCCAUCUCCAACGAGUCGGGCCUUCGAGAACACCAGAGGCGGGCCCCGCCCCUGUUGUGAGGUCGUAGUUAGGGGAUCAGAACUGCUUUCACUUAGUGUCUUUCAGCGUCGAUUCUUCAGCACCUUCGACGACGUCGUUCGCCUCCCUCAUUAAAUUGAAAUUGAAAACCUCCGCCUGCGACGCAGAACGUUUUCAUCUUACAAUACGUACUUCCAACAUCAGAUUUCAAGGCAUAAGCUGUCGGGGAAGAGAAGGCAUAAGCCGGCUUCGUUUUUUUUUAAAUAAUAAUUAACUGUGUUUUUUAUUUUCAACGGACAUUGCAAUAGCAUCUACAAAAACCGUUGUUUUAUGUGUGUAUAAUUGAGUGCGAGUAGUCGGAAUAGAAUUUCUGAAUUCCGCUGACUCCCAUUCGAGAAUAUCUGAAUCUGGAACCGUGUUUUUCAUUUCGAUUUCCGAAGUUUUGAUUUAUGAUUUUUCCGUUU